ACGGGGAAGAAGGCGGAGUGCAGCCAGGCCGUGGAGGAGUCCCCGUUGAAGUCCCCUGUCCGUUCGAAGACUAAUGUUGUUGGUCUAUCCGACGAAAAUGUGGUGGAUUCUGUAAGUACGCCUUCACUAUCUGUUACAAAAUCUAUUGAAGAUGAAGGUGCUGCACAUAAGACCUUCGACGAUGAGGACUUUGAUAUACUCGAAGUGGCAUCUUUCUGGAAUAAAGGCAAAGCCCUCGUCAAAUCAAAGAAGUCACAGUCGGAGAAUGUGCCUUUAAUUGAGGAUGACUUCAACGAUAAGGCGUACGAGCAAUUCAUUGAGUCGGGCAGAACUGUUGUCGGGCCAUUCAAGACGAAGGAAGCGAUCCCCCGUAACCAAUAUGGGUUUUACAAGUUUAUUUUUAGCAACACGUUAGAUCCGGGAUAUGUGCUUGCGAAAUUUCGAAAGUUUGAAGUGGAUAGGAGGUGCAUGGCAUCGUUGCGACCGUUGCGAGAAGUUGAGGGAUCCAUCAUUGACUGUUUUUCUAUACUAAUGAACAAGUACGAACGUGAUAGUCGAUUACCUGACCAACCUCGUGUUUGGUACAUGCCCACUCGCAUCUCGCAAAAAACUCUCGGUUCGUUUAAUGUGAAGAGGAUUGCGAAAGACCGGGAGUGGUCAAAACUGUUUUACGAAGACAACUUCGAAAAAUGCGUCAAGAUGUUUGUGCCGGUGUUGACUCUAGAAGGUGCACCACAUUGGUUUGGUGCCGAAGUAAAUAUGAAGUCGAAGGUUGUCUCAUUUAUGGACUCCCUACACACCGCAAUGAAUGAGAAGUAUCGUGUGGAGGCUACGAAAGAAAUGUUGUCGACGUUGGACCUUUUGUUUGAGGAGAAUAGGUCGAAGAAUGUGACUUUCGUGGAUUUCAGAAUUGACAGGAAAGAUCGCGGGCUUCCUCAACAAGACAAUGACCGAGAUUGCGAAGUAUACGUCAUGAAGUACAUGGACGCUGUGGCCAAUGAGGAAGAAGUAGUUGAUGAGUUUCACCCGGUUGAGGCACGUUUGGAAAUCGCUGCGAGGAUCAUAACUGAUGAACAAAAUGAAAUUCGUACCAAAGUGGUUGAAGAUCGUAGGGCUGCACAAGGCAGCUCAUUUGCAUCAUCCUCGGCCCCUUUGCGUAGUCCGUCAAAGUCUCCACGCGAUCCUCGGUUCAGUACAGCGAAGUCUCGCAAUGCAAACAUGUUUCCCCCGUCAAGAGCCUCCCCUAGGCUUCAGUCUACCAAGACUAAGAUUUCAUAUGGUGAAUAGUGUGUGAAAAACACUUGUGUUAUUAAUAGGUUGUGUUAUUAAUAGGUCGUGUUAUUAGUGUGUUGUGUAGUUUGGAUUUGGGAGCAUAGGUUGUCUUAUUUGUGUGUUGUUUAGUUUGGAUUUCGGAGCAUUUGGAUUUAGACAUCUGUUUUUAUUAGUUCACGUUUGGAACUGGUUAUUAUGUUCACAGACUUGUGUUUAUUUUAGUUUUGACAAUAUAUUAAACCAUACUUAGCAAA